CGUGAGGAUCGCGAAUGAAGGACCAGUGGUUCCUGGAGGACGAGCGAUUGCAUGAACUAUCUGCUGCAAGGGAGAGCCACUAGUUUGGAUCUUCUCUUCCAGUUCCCUUUUCCACUUUGGUCCUCAUGCAGUUCGUUCUCCCGCGUCCGGUCUUCUUUCUUUCUUUCUUUCCCAUCUGCCGGUUUUGUUUUUCCUGAAGUUCGUGCUUUCUCCAAUUCUUCAUGCUCUCUUUUUUUUUUCUCUUCUCCCCCCACAACACACUAGUCCUGUCUGCGUCUGCAUCUACAUGUACUGCUAGUCGGGGCAUAGGGGAAAAACGAUGGGAUGUGGAGCACAGAAAGCAAACAUGCCGUCCCCGAACACGAACCAUUCGCUGCGCGGCCCACUUUGUUUGGCUGGAAAGGAGAGGAAGAGAAAGAAAGAAACAGAGAGAUUAUUAGGGGGGUGUAGUGAAAAAUGCCAGGGUCACCGGAUGGAAAGAAAACCUAAGCACAUACAUACAGAACU